AUGCUGCAGCCACGUGAUGGUGCUGUUCCACAGCUGAACCUUCCAGCAGGUGGACCGCAGCAGCACCAGCUGGCAGCUCCUAGUGCAGUUCCCCCGCAGAACCUUCCGCCAAGUGGACCGCAGCAGCAGGUGGCAGCUCCCAGCAGUGCAGUUCCCCCGCAGAACCUUCCGCCAAGUGGACCGCAGCAGCAGGUGGCAGCUCCGCCUAGUGCAGUUCAGCAGAACCUUGCGCCGAGUGGACCGCAGCAGCAGGUGACAGCUCCUAGUGCAGUUCAGCAGAACCUUGCGCCGAGUGGACCGCAGCAGCAGGUGACAGCUCCGUGUGCAGUUCCGCCGCAGAACCUUCCGGCAAGUGGAGCGCAGCAGCAGCAGGUGGCAGUGGCAGCUCCUGGUGCAGUUCCGCCGCAGAACCUUCCGGCAAGUGGACCGCAGCAGCAGGUGACAACUCCUAGUGCAGUUCCGCAGAACCUUCUGGCGAGUGGCCCCCCGCAGCAGGUGGCAGCUCCUAGUGCAGUUCCGCCGCAGAACCUUCCGGCAAGUGGAGAGCAGCAGCAGCAGGUGGCAGCUCUUAGUGCAGUUCCGCAGCAGAACCUUCCGGCAAGUGGCCCCCCGCAGCAGGUGGCAGCUCCCAGUAGUGCAGUUCCGCCGCAGAACUUUCAGGCAAGUGGACCGCAACAGCAGGUGGCAGCUCCGCCCAGUCCAGCUCAGCAGAACCUUCCUCCAGCAAGUGGACCGCAGCACGUGGCUCCGGGUGCAGUUCCGCAGAACCUUCCAGGUGGACCGCAGCAGGUAGCAACUCCUUGUGCAGCUCCGCAGCAGAACCUUCCACCAGCAGCAGGUGGAAUGCAGCAGAUGGCGGCUCCUUGUGCAGCUCCCCAGCAGAACCUUCCGCCAGCAGCAGGUGGACCGCAGCAGGCGGCAGCUCCGUGCGCAGUUCCCCAGCAGAACCUUCCGCCACAGCAGGUGACAGCUCCAAGUGCAGUUCCGCAGCAGAACCUUCCGGCAAGUGGACCGCAGCAGGUGGCAGCUCCUUGUGCAGUUCCGCAGCAGAACCUUCUCCUGGCAAGUGUACCACAGCAGCAGGUGAUGACAGCUCCAGGUGCAGUUCCGCAGCAGAACCUUCCAGCAGGUGCGCAGCAGGUGGCAGCUGCAAGUGCAGUUCCCUGGCAGCAGAACCUUCCGGCAAGUGGCCCCCCGCAGCAGACGGCAGCUCCAAGUGCAGUUCCCCCGCAGCAGAACCUUCCGGCAAGUGGCCCCCCUCAGCAGCAGGUGCCAGCUCCAAGUGCAGUGCCCCCGCAGAACCUUCCGGCAAGUGGCCCCCCGCAGCAGGUGGCAGCUCCUAGUGCAGAUCCGCCGCAGAACUUUCCGGCAAGUGGACCGCAGCAGCAGGUGGCAGCUCCGCCUAGUGCAGUUCAGCAGAACCUUCCGCCAGCAAGUGGACCGCAAGAGGUGACAGCUCCGUGUGCAGUUCCGCAGAACCUUCCGCCAGCAAGGACGCUCCUGCAGCAGCCUGGAACUCCCUCCAUUUUGGAGAUGGUGCAAGAGCUUGAAACGCAGAUGGAUCAGGAGGAGCCAAUCAGUGUGAAUGACACGCCCGAACCCCCGCCCCGGCUGAAUCGCAGCGCUGUGUCAACACUGGCUUCGGCUGCUUCCUUUGAUGACACAUCAAAGGACUUGGUUGCACCGGACACGUCAGCAGCACUGCUGGUGAAGGCACCGUCGCCGUCGCCGACUCCCGUGACGGCGAAAGCGAAAAGUGCGGCAAGGACGAAGCCGAAGGCUGCUGCUGUGAAGGAUGAGUAUGCGCUGCCGGAGCUGACCUUGCAGGAGAAGGCGAUGUAUGGCAACUUCUGGUCGCGGUACCGCUCGAGCAGCUCGCUGUCGUUGACCAGUGAUGCGGAUUCCGUCGACUCCGACAUCAGCCAACCUGUGCCGAAGGGGCCGCCGGCAGUACCCCAGCCGAUGCCGUUGCCGACUGUGCCGCUUCAGCAGCAGACGACAGCAGCUGCAGCAAAGCCGACGAGUGAUGCCAUGACGACGAUGCUGGCGACGGUUCUCAGCACGGCGGUGAGCCAUGGUGUUGAUGCAGCGGGGCUUGCGGCCAUUCAGCAGACCAUGGCCAGCAUUGUGGCUGCUGCAAAAGCCCCUGAUGCUGGAGUCGAGGCCGUUGACAAGACGAAGAUCAUCGACUCGCAGCCGGCUUUGCCGCCAAGCCCUUUUUCGACGCCUUUGCCGGCCAGCACAGCAGCAAGCCCUUCGACGCCUUUGCCGCCGGCAAGCACAGCAAGCCCUUCGACGCCUUUGCCGCCGCCGAGCACUGCGAGCCCUUCGACGCCUUUGCCGCCACAGACCGCUGUGACGAAAGCCCCGCCGACAGGACCUGCUCCUUCGACGCCUUUGCCACCGCAGACCGCUGUGACGAAAGCCCCGCCGACGGGACCUGUGGUCAACUCAAGCACCCACAGGACUGAGUACCGCUCGUUCCAACGCUUUUGCGAGAACUCACCGGGAGCAGUGGAGUUGAAGAAGGUGUGGGUGCAGGGCGGACCGCGCUUGGCAAUGUUCCAGAAGUUUGUUCUGACAGGCUGUGGUAACCCUGCGGCUUUGGAAUGUGCCCUCCAGUUCCGCCGGCAGAGCGAGGAGGAGAGCAAAGACGAAGGUGAAUAUUAUUGCUGGCGUGAUAUACUCGCCUUUCACGAGGGCAACGAACAGAAGGCCUUAUCCUUCAUUGCAAGACGCAGAGCAGAGCCCAAAGGGACCAGUUGCGAUCGGAAUGAUCCUGAUAUGGAGACAUUUCUAUAUUACGGCCGCCAGCGACGGACCCUGACGGUUCGUACGAUCGACGAAAUCGCAAUCAGCAUGGGCGUCUGCCCGAACUUCGCCACGUCCGUGGCGGCACAGCUGGACUCCAUGAACGGCGCCCUGCCAGUUGCUGAUGGGGCUACUUCUUCGGUGAACCCGCCAGUGCCGGCCCCCGGCAAGGCGGCUCCAAAGGGAAAAGGCAGUGCGCCUGCGCCACCCGGCACGACGACGGAAGACCCCCAGCCGCCGCCCAAGAAGGCGAAAGUUCCGAAGCCGGAGGGAUCCGACAUGGAGUUGAUCUGCAGUGGAGAGAACGUUGGACUUUUCGUGAAGUCGUGGGUGGCCGCGGCGAACACGGCCCAGGGGCAAGCCGUGAAAACGUGUGCAGAGUUGGAGGUCCUCGAGAGCCAGGAGGCUUUGAUGGGGAAGAUUAAGGACUGUGCCGAAGGCAUCGGGGCUUGUCGCAAGAAGCUCCAGCUCAUGGGGACAGAGCCAGUGGCCGCCGAUGUGCAAUCGGCCCUGCUGGAGGCUACCGUGUUUGUGGAGGGUUUCAAGAAGCAUCUUCGAGUGGCGAAUGAACACUCGGUUUUCACGUGGGCCGGGGAGCCAGCUCCGGACUUCUUCAAGAAGUGGCGUCUGCGGCCGUCGCAGAAGCAGGGGAUGCAAAUGUACCAGGUGGGCUGCGAGUUUGGGCGCAUCAGGGCGGGCACUGUCGACUGGCUGGACUGGUGGCAGAAGGCCAAGAGCGAGCCAUGGGGGAAUCAUCCGGUGCAGUCCUGGCCGGAGGAGGCCAGGCAAAAAGCGGUGGCCGUGUCGAUUCACGGCGAUGAGGGUACUGGGAAGAGGAGCAAAAGCAUCUUGAUCCUGUCGCUUUCGCCCUUGGCCAUCCACCGGGGCGACUCGAUGCUGCAGAAGUUCCCGUUCUGUGUUGUGCGAUCAGACAGAUUUGUCUACGACAACGGCCAGAAUAUCACGCUUCAGGCGCUACAGCGCUACUACGCCGAUUCCUUUCGGAUUUGUGGCGACCCCGCCAGCGAAGGCCAACACGGAUGGACCAUGCACCCUGUCAUAUCGAAGGGAGAUUGGAAGCACAAAAGGGAAUGGUUGGAACAAUGUAGAAGCUACGGGAACCUUGCUAGCAAUGCUCCUCGUGAGCAGAACGCCGGCAGAAUCUGCCCGAGAUGCUUGUGCGAUGGCAGCACACCUGGAAAGCAUUGGGCUGACAUGCGUGAGGGCUUCGAUAACCAGGCAGACUUGGAUGAAGCUUCGAAUGAUAGUAGCUAG